AUGGGCAUAGUAGCCAGUGGAUAUAAUAUCACAAACGGUGAAAAGAAGUCGCCGUGCAUGGUGACGGCUUUCACAUAUGGCGGUCCUCGAGUCGGAAACGAUGGCUACAGUCAUUUUGGAAACGAGUUAAAGAUUAACACCAGCAACUCACCGUAUUUGAAGUGGAGGUGGGUCGGGAGUUCAUCGCAUGUUAGCCCAGAGUUUGUUCCGAGUUCAGAUGAAAUAAAUAUGGAGGAGGAAAUGGUAAUAAAAGGAGGGUUGGGUGAAUAUGUUAGUUCUCACAGUAUGGACGUGUACCUACAUGGAAUUGCAGGGGUACAAGAAGAAGGGACUGAAUUUUGUCUUCAAGUUGACCAUGAUAUUGCACUAGUAAACAAGCAUUUGGACCGACUCAAAGAUUGUUACGGGAUUCCCACUGAUUGGUGGGAAGGAAGCAUCGAGGAAUAUGUUUCAGACUCUCUAGGAAGUGCUAUAGAUGAGGAUCCUUACAACAUAUCUGACGGCUCAGAUCCUUUGGCUGCUGGAAACAGAGAUGGGAACCCUAGUUUUACUUGGGCUCCUACGUAUGGGCUUCAUUCCUUGGCCUUGAAUGGGCUCACAAACCUGACCAGCUCACCUGUUGGGUCAGGCUUCUGA